AUGCAACUCACAUCUCUCGUCGUGGCCGCUCUGUUGAGCGUUGCCCAAGCCGUCAACGUCCACGUCGUCGCCGUGGGCAAGAACCCCAUGAACAACCAGACGGGCAUCAAGUUCUACCCGGAGAAGCUCACCGCCAAGGCCGGCGACAUGGUGCAGUUCCAGUUCCACGCCGGCAACCACACCGUCACGCAGUCCAACUUUGACCGCCCCUGCGUGCCCCUGUCGACGAGCAACUCGAGCGCCGUCGGCGUCUACUCGUCCUUCCAGCCCGCCGCCGCCAGCGCCGCCAAGGGCAUGAUCCCCGUCUUCACCAUGAUGGUCAACGACACCAAGCCCAUCUGGCUCUUCUGCAGCCAGGGCCCCCACUGCCAGAAGGGCAUGGUCAUGGUCAUCAACGAGAACACCCAGGCCAACGCGUCGCGCUCCCUCGACAACUACAAGAAGCUCGCCGCCAGCGCCGAGCAGGGCAACAUUGAGAUUCCCGGCGGUGGCAGCGGCAACGGCGGCGGCAACGGCAACAACGGUGGCAACGGUGGCAGCGGCAAUAACGGCGGUGGCGGCAGCAACACGACCCCCGGCGGCGUCGGCGCCUCGCCCACCGGAACCCAGAGCCCGUCCACGUCGGCCCCCAUCACCGCCGGCGCGAGCCCCAGCUUCCACGUCUCGACGACGCUGCUGCUCAUCGGGGCUGCCUUUAUGCUUCUGUAG